UGUGGUCAAACUUCAUGGAGAAAAAACAGGAGAAAAAGUCAUCAAACGUGCUCCUGCACGCAGAUCAUUACAGUUAUCAUCAUGUGCAAAAGUCAUCUUGACGUUUUUGUGAGAGUUUUGAUGGUUUGUGUUAUUUUCCAUUUGUUUCCAAAUGAUCCCCUGAGCUGCCACCUGCUAUUUUGACUGACAUCAGUUUGGCAGUCUCACUUAGUUGAAUACACGCACACAUUCUCAUUUGGUUUCAAUUACCUGCAGUAUUGUCUCCAAUUCACCGGCGGCGCGUCCUAUCUCCUCACUCGACGCAAGGUGGCGCUGGAACACCGUUUUUCGUCCGCAGGGAGCAGCGUUUGGUACAAAAAGGGGCCUGGAACCCGCAGACUGAAUUUUGACAAAGCCACACAGGGCUGCUGUACCAUCACUGCAGCUGACAGGAUGAUUAGUGUCUUUACAGUCACACAUGUCAAACCAGAUCGAGGUUGUGGGUUAAAAUCAUUUUACAAAUCAAACAGAGAAAAUUUGCUAACUUUUUUAUAACUUUGAAGACCGAGUAAUAAGUCCAAUAAUAGAUCAAUAAAAAUCUACAAAAAGGAAGCAUGAGAUAACAAAGAAUUGUGUAUUCCACUCUGUGUUUUUGGGCAUGCUUGGCAACGAGGCAGACGCGUAAUUACGCACGACCACACUGCAGCUAAGUACUAUUAAAAAGUACAAUAAAAUACACAAUUAAAUACAUAUAUUAAUUAUUUCAAAAAACAAGGGCUACCUCAGUCUACUCUUUAAGCAAAGAAAUAUACACACAGACAAAAACACAAUCAAAAGAAAAAUGACAAAAGAAACAGAAUAUAACUUUUAAUAAUAAUAAUAAUAAAAAUAAUAAUAAUAAUAAUAAUAAAUUUAGUUGUAACAAGAUGUCAUUUGUCUACAUAUGAAUGGCUGAACAGGGUGCCUGGGGUGCAGCCGUUGCCUGCGCCCAUUAAACCCAGCGCGCAGUUUUAAGGAGCUGAACGUCGCCGGAGGCCCGGUGCUCCGGUGGAAGUGGUUGAAACCAAGCCCUAGACAAACAGGCUGGAUAUUCAAAAGGGACCCCACUCUUUAACCCACUCUCACACAGCUCUGCUUUAAAACUUACUCCUCCCUGAGAGCGCAGAGCCCCAAACAACAUUUCUGAUCCCCCCCACCUCCCUCUCUCUUUCUCUCACUCUCCCUCUCUCUCUCUUUUGUCCAGUCCUGCUAAGGUCUAUAUAGCUGCAGGUAUUGUGUGUGCAGUUAAAAUGUGUUCGCCUUUGAAGUCAAACAUGAAGGUUGUUUUAAAUAUUAACACCACAAAGAAAUCCAUAGAUUUUUGUGGAAUCGCGAAAUUGCGUGAAAAAAACCCCCACAGUUGUAAAGAUUUUUGGACAGAACGUAAAAAUAGAGUAUUUUAAAGUAUAAAUUAUCGGUGCAAGAAAUACAUACAUUUAUUGUGAGAGUUUGAUGUGAGGGACACAUCUAAGUAGUGAGAUGCACCACAUUUUGCAUCCCAUCUACACUCUGCAUGAGUGUGCAUGUGUGUUUACGCGCGCAUCGUCAGAAACCUGAAAGAGAAGAAAGGGGUUUUGGACUUAAGCUUCAUCCAUUAUCACCUAUGUGGGCGCACGUGUUGCUCUCCACUUUGUAUCUAUGGGUGUGUUGUGUGUGUGCGCGCGUGUGUGUGUGUGUGUGUGUGAAAGACAGACAGACAAACAGAGGGAAAGCUCAUUCGCUCAUGGCCGGAGGGGUCUACAUAAGUAUGUAUUAGAAAUAAACAGUGGAUAAAUAAAUAAUGAGCUUCACAAUAGCAGGGUAGCUUUGUGCGUAAAGGUAAUGAUGUUGGCAGUUAACCUUCAAGUUUUUUUUUUUUUUUAACUCGACACAGUUUCAUCUGCACUGAGAAUUCAUGGUUUUUAUCACAAGAAGAAACACUGCACUGAAGAGGAGUAAGGUUCAUUUACGCACAAAAAUGACCUGACUUUUUUAUUCUUACAUGAAGUAAAAACAAAAGUUGGAAUUGCAAAUAUUUUUUCUGUCCUUCAUUAAAUUCAUUUUUUUGAACAGGUACUCUAUAAGAUCACAGUCUGAUCAAUUCUCCAUGGAAUUUAGGAUAAAAGUGCAUCAUGUGUCACUUACACUUUCCUCGUUUUUCACCUAAACACACCACAUCAGAAGAAAAUCCAGAUUUCCAAAAGGAGCACUUCCAUUUUAUUCAUUUCAACUGGAGUAACUUGCUGUGAUUGCACCUCUUUGAGUCCUCUACCAGGCAAAGUAACACGUGAUUUUCCCCCUUUUGCCUUCAUAUGAAUCAUGAGUGAAUUCAUAAAUAUCACUGAACUGAUUAAAAGAUUAAAAGCAUGGCAGCGAAGGCCUCGACUGAGCCCAUGCAGACGAAAAAGGCUAUCUCUCCCUCUCCAGGUGUAGACUCUCUCCUUUCUCGCCCACACCCGUAGCAGUGCGCAUGCGUCACCAGGUGGCCCCGCACCGUUUUUAUGACCAGGUGAGUCGAUUCGGUCCAGGUAAAAAAAAAAAAAAGUGAAGGUUUACUUUGAGACUGGAGGCUCAAUGAGAUAGACACGGCACCGGAUCGACCGAGAAAAUCUCCGAGGGCAGCAGAAGACAAAGAAUGUCAAUUAUGGGCAAGAUGGGGGAAUGGCAGGUAUGUGCAGCGCUUACUUUGAGACAAAGACACGGCUGUGGAAAUCCAUGAAAACUGUCAAAGUGUCGACUUGUUGUGGGAUGCACAGACACCGUAAAAUGUGUUGUAAAGGGUGGAGGGACAGAAGUCGAAAUGUAAAUCUUCUGGACGAUCAUCCACGAGGAGAUCAUACCACGAAGUUGACACUUUUAUUUUGGAAACUUUCCUUUCUUGCUGUGAUGUUCCCUUACGUGCCAAACUGCUCAUCUCUUUGUUUUGCUUUGAAAACCUGAGGACAAUGAUCGCAUGUUGUUGUUGUAGGUCACAUUUUAGAUCCAGAUAUGUGUUUGAUCACAUGACAGAAAUGAGUGAAAUCAGACAUGUGUUGACUUGGUUUGUGUUUGAGUAAGAGUUCAUACGAAACAAGAGGAUUACAUCAUGUGCGUAAAGGGGAUACACCAUAACUUUUUCUGUAAGUGCAAUUCCCAGAAACUGUACAUAAUGUUUCCAAACUUGAUCACCUGGUUUAAAAUACUUAAAAGAACUCCAUGGUGUACUCUAGCGUUUCAGAUUUGCUCGGUUUCACCCAAAACCUGGACUCGUUCAUUCAGACGACACAAAUCCUCUCCCCUAACUUGUUUAAGCCCCUCUCACCAACCACACACAACCUGGCCUGACCAGCAGAAAAGACACUCGCAUGCAUAGCUGUCAUUGUCAGCCAGUUUCAUCUCCCUCUCUUCUCAUUAAUAACAACUGCUUCUUUAAAAAGGGAACUCCACCAAAAAUGGUAAUCCAGGUUUUAAAGCAGAGGGGCCAACGCCUUUACAGAGCUGGCGACCUGUCUGCUGACCCACGACCUGCUGAGGUGAAGGCUCGGCCGGCGACAGGGGCAGAGCCAGGCUCUCCCUGCAGCUCAUUCAAAUGAAACAAGGCCAUGUUGUUGUGUUAAUUAUUUACAUUCCCCCUCACAAACCCUGCGCCCUUACAGGUAGUCAAUGGACCUGUAGAGCCGCUCCGAAUGGCUCAAGCUUUUUAACAUAACACAGGCAGAAUAGCCUCUCAAGGUCUCCGCUCUCAAUGGGAUUAAAAUAACAGUUUGGGACUUAAGAAAUUAAGGCUGGCAACAGAGUGUAUGACAGGGUUGUAUUUGCAUAGGCAUGCUGCGUUCAUGUCAAGUCCUGGAGAAGGAAAAAAACGAAGACACUUGGCUUACAGAAAUCAAAUCUGUGCGCAAAAGUAACUCUAAAAUACACAUUUACGUUUUUAAAUUGUAAAAUUGUGAAAAAAUACGUGUUUAAAAAUGUGAUAAAGCCUCGGAAAGAGCUGCACAAUUUCUACAAUAAACCGUCCCAGGUGCAUGCAGGUCCCCAUGCAUGACAGUACCCCCCCUUACCAAAUACACACCUGACUGAACAGUGGAAAUAAUAAGCGUGUGUGGCGUCUUGCUGCUUUAGUUUUUACCUGUGCGCUGUCCAUUGGUGUUGUGUGAGCAGAUGGGGGGGAAUCAAACGGCUGUUGAUAUGCUAAUGAGGCCCUGUGCCAGUGUUAUUACAGAGCUGCUCCAGCCCUUCACUUCCACCAUUAGAGGGAGACCUCAGAGCGCAAGACAGACAGCAGCCCACAGCUUCAAUAAAAGUAGUUUUUCUGAGCGGGGAGCACAAUUCACUGAGUGAAAACAAGACUAUAAGACGAUACCCAAACUCAAUAUCCACCUCAGCAACCCAUGAAAAUGCUUUGGAAAUUAACUGAUAACAUUAAAUAUGAAGAUUGCGAGGUAAGGGGCUCCUCUUUGAUUUUUAUUUAAUUCUCUUGAUGUGUUUAGAAAUUAAACAGGCAAAUUAGACAGGCAAGUGUUGUAUUGUUUUGAUCCAAAUAUGUCAUUCUUUUGACAACUGUUUUGUGACAACAUUCAGUCAGGUACAGCAUGAUAAGAUCCAGGGCUUUGAUUUUUUUUAUUACACAGGUGUUUCUUUUUUGUCUUUUUAAUGAUGAAAAAUUGGUUCAUAACUGUAACCAUAAAAUUAUUCAUAGAAAUUGAUCAAGUUAAAAAUAUAUAUUUUCACAUUGUAUUUUGAUCAAAACAAUAGAAGUGAAUUAAUAUAUUGGGUGAUUUUUAAAUGUUGCAUGCGUAAAAUCCAAGCUGUGAUUUUUAAAAAUAUGAUUUCAAUGUGUCUUUGAAUUUAAAUGGAUGUUAAAGUUAUUUAUCAAAAUCCUCAAUGGCAGGUGUUUUUGUGAAAAUUAUGAGAGACUUACCAUUUAUUAAAUUAAAAUUAAAUUUUUCUACUAAAUGUCAUUUAUGCACGCUUAACCAGCCUGCUUUAUUCACCGUUUGAAUGGCAUGGACAUGUUCCCUUCACUUUUAAUAUCGCUGCAACUCGAGCUGUUAGAUUUCGCGUGUGUACAUGCAUGUGUGGAGUGCAUACACUGAGUGAUUGUUGUUAUGGGCAUAGACAAAGUUUGGCAGUAAUAUCAGGGACUUGUUUAGAAGUGGAGGAGCCUGUCGGACGUGUUUUCGCCCGCGUCCUGGGAGGAUAGUGACGGCCGGGAGCAGGAAAACAAAAGCUGAGCGCCUCCGCGCUUGUCUUUUUCUCAUUGUUUUAAUUCACAGGCAAAUGUUUACUCGCUGGAAACGAUGUGGAAAUUAAAAUUUACGAUCGAAAUCCGAUCAGAGUUUUUUGUUUCGUAAUUUUAAAAAUGCGCGAACAGGAAGGGGAGUGGAGCUCAUUGUAGCCGUGCGUAAAAGUUGGUUCGAGCGCCGUAUCCGCGCUGCCCUUGCUUUAACUGUGGGAAUUUAUUUUCCUCCUUCAUAUCCUGGGCAAAGUUUAAAAGUUAGCCGCUGUAAAGUCUGGAUUUGAGAGUCGAGGAAGACGCGGUGGUGGAGUAAUUCGGCGGAGGCAGAGGAAAGAAAGGAGCCCCAUGGAGGACGGCUCGCUGUCGGAGUCUGAGGUGGAAAACAAAGGGACGAGAGGUAGAAAUGAGCCGCUCGGAAUGCCCAUAGCGUCGUCUUCUGGAUUUUCACCCAGUUCAGAGGUGCACAUUGCUUUCUCCCAUGCCUUCUCCUUCUUCUUCUUCUUCUCCUGCCUGUGGUCUACCUCCCCUCAUCCCUAUGUCUUUCUUUCACUUUUGCGCUUUGGCCCUGGGACCCUUUUAAAAUGCCCCCCCUCCUCCCUCUCGCUCUGAUUCGUCAGACGGGGAGUGAAUGUCCCUCUUUUUGUCUCUCUCUCUCUCCACUCCCUCCACAGUCUCUCGCUCCCUCCUUCUCUCUCUCACUCCCUCUCUCUCUCUCCCAUCUCUGAUUAGAUAUACUGAUUCCUCCUUUCAAUGGACGUCAUUUAAGCGCAGACUCCUGCCUUGAGUUGCGUCCUCCGCUUCACGCCCGAUUUCCGACCAUUCUUUCCUUGUUAUUAAGUAUUCCUGUUAUAUUAAUAGUCAUGAAUGCCUUCUAUUAGGAGUCCGAGAGGGAGACGAAGAAGCGGCUCUUUUGCUAAUAUGAGCUCAGGCGAAGGGACGGCAGCACUGUGAUAGAAGCCAGGAGAGCAGGGAGAAAAAGAAGGGUUUACCAAGAGAAACUUUUCCACCCGAAUCCACCAGCACCGACGAAUAUCUGCAUUUUUAGCCCCAGAUGAAGGGCAGCGGGGAUCUAACCAUUUAUUUCUGAUGGAUUAUCGUCCUGCUGCUGUGGCACAUAUCUGAGCGCCGGGGCCAGCGUGAUCUUUACCGGAGAAAAGAAGAGUCCUUUUUUUUCUUCUGGGGGCGAUUUUUUGGUUUUUACUGGUUAAUUCUCUUCGCUCGCCCCGCAAACACACUGAAGUGUUUUUUUGAACUAAAUACGUUUUCUUCUUGAAUCGCACCAAAAUCCUUUCAGAUGUUAGUGCACAGUUUUUCCGCGAUGGUAAGUUGCUGGAGCUUUAGCGUGUCAGAUACUUGGGGGGGAAAAAUUCAUAAUUUGUUGUUAUUCUUUUUUUUUUGUCGGUGAAAAUGUUUUGGAAAGCUUGGAGGCAUUAAAGGGGUGGGAAAGGAUGAAAUAAUGCCCUGCUCGGUUAUCUAUUUGAGGAGAUUUCCACCUCCGAGAAUUUUAUGUCUUUUUUUAUUUACUUUUAGUUUUCUAUCAGCAUGUUUUCAUUCUUUGCCCAGCGCGUAAAAAGCAGUGUUUUCAGAGUUAACCAUCAACAUCAGGGUUUAUUUCUAUUUUACAUCCAACUCUUGGUAUAAUUCCUGUCACACUCAGGCCAGAUUUGAUAAAAGCAUCCAGCAGCUAAACAAAGACAGAUAUUAAACUGUUUUAUUUUGAAACUGCAUGAAGCCUUAAACCAUUUUCUCCCCCCCAUCCCUGGCAGGACCGUCACGACGGCACCAGCAACGGGACAGCCAGGCUACCUCAGCUGGGCGGCGUGGGCCAGAGUCCCUACACGAGCGCCCCUCCGCUUUCUCACACACCGAACUCGGACUUCCAGCCCCCGUACUUCCCCCCACCCUAUCAGCCCAUCUACCCGCAGUCUCAGGACCCUUACUCGCACGUCAACGACCCUUACUCCCUCAACUCUCUGCACGCCCAGCCACAGCCGCAGCACCCGGGAUGGCCGGGCCAGAGGCAGAGUCAAGAGAGCGGCCUGCUGCACCAGCACCGCAGCCUGCCCCACCAGCUGUGCCGGGAGUACCGCAGGGAAGUGCUGUUACCGUCCGGCCACGGCAUCGACACGGGACUGUCAGACUCUAUCCCUAUCCAUGGAAUACCUCACUCUUUAGAAGACGUUCAGGUGAGGCAGCAGAGACCUGGCUAUACUCUUUCUUUUUAUGAGCUUUACCUUGAUGAAAAACAAAGGGUUAAAAUUCUCACUGUGAGUGCUGUGAUUUUUUUUUUUAAUAGCAGGUAAUUAAUGCUAGAGCUAAAAAUAAAAACAUGUUUCACUCAUUUAAUAUUUAAAGCUUUAGAACACACUCAGAGCAAAUUUUCUUGAUAUUAAAUUUAUGUUUAAUAUAUUUUAAAAUCUUUGGUAAUCAUUUGGUUUAACUCUUGUUAUCAUAUUUUAUUAAGCAUGCAUUUAAAAAAAUAAAUAAAAUGAUACAUAAUGAGUUUAUCUUUUGAUGCAUGCAAAGCAAAUAGUUAUAGUGUUCUGUUUUCAUUUUAAUAUAUUAAUUAUUAUUGUUUUGGUGAUAAAGCAGAAGAAUCUCCUCAUUUCAUUCCCAACUAUAAAACAUAUUUUAACAACAGGGAUUUUGCUCCAUCAUAUGUUGUUAUAAUCAUGUGUUAAUAUUAAACAAGUAGAAUUUUUUAAAAAGGAAAAACGCUUUUAGACUUAAUGUGAUUUCUCUGUAAGGAGGAAGAGGCUCGUCGUGUUUUGCAGACAUGGUCUUGAGCAGGAUUGAGUUUCAGAUAAGAACACGAUAAACGAGCGAUAAAUUCGUCAAUAAUUCCCCAUUCUUUUUUAAAGAUGCUGCUCCUGAGUUUUUAAUCAGAAACAAACACCAAUAAUCCUCUAAUUAGUUCAUAGGCCUUUAAUAGGCUGCGCUGCCGUAAUUACUAUCCAAUCUAGAUUAGAAGUUUCCUUGUGAGUGGAGCCAAUCUGAGGGCAAAAUUAGGUCAGGAUUAUGGGGCGACACCGCUUCGUUAUUUAAGUCUGGGUUUGUGUUCUGCUCUUAUGCGUCCGUGAACGCAACCCGCUGGACGAUAAUAACAGGUAUGGGCCUCGCGAGGAGUCCGUGUUGGCUGAUUGUUUGCUAAUGAUGGCCGGGGCUUUUGUUCGUGCACAGCAUCCUGAGGAAUCAGAGUUGGUGGUAUAUUUUGUGCUAAAAUUGUCCAUUUUUUUGUGCGUUUGUGUCACAGCCUGUUGAGGAUCAAGGAAUCCACAUUCCCGACCAGACUGUAAUUAAAAAAGGUAAGCAAUUUCCUCCGAGAUAUCAUGCAUGUUUCUUCAAGCUGCCGUGCACACACACUCACAUACACAGUCACACACACACACACCAUUCGCCAUUCUGCUCGAGAGAACUCGAUGCAAUGCGGUAAUGCCUGACUGAUCCUAAUACGCAGUAGCCUAUUUUUCAUUACAUGCUUUCCAAGUGCAUCAAACUGGCUGCACCUUUUUCCUCGCUGAUGGAAUUUACUGUCAGCGUUUCAGAGCAGCGGGGAGAUGAGUGGAGCUGCUGGGGCUUUGAAGGCCCCCGUGCUAUUGAUGGUCAAAGAUACCAGGGCCUUAUAGCUACAGACGAUGCUGUGGUGGAAAAAGCCAAUAGCUGCAAUCACACAGCAUGGUCAAAUUUUUAAAAUGGAAGUUGGAAGCGCUGGAUGGAGAAGAGUCUGUCAUUCAGAGAGAGAGAGAGGGGGGAUAUUCGGCUGGGAGAAAAUUCACUUAUAUGUUGAAGGUUGUUGGAUUACGCAGGUUGAACAAUUUCUAUUUGGUGUCAAAUCAGCCUGAAAAAUAUUGUGAGUGAUUUGAGAUGGCGCUCUAAUGCUUUGAGUGUUUUUCAGCUGAAUUAUGAGCGAUAUGUCGCCAUUUUUCUUCCGUUUCAGCUUCUAAUUCUGUCGUUUCUCCAUUCUUUCUUUUUGGAGUCUGUCUAUCUGGGUAUCAACAUGAUAAUUGGCUUCUUAUAUUAGUAAUCUCAAGAGUUCGUUUAGCUCCUAUUGUCUCUAUUAGGCUCCCCUGAGCCAUUAAUGUCACAAGUGAUCUAUCCAAAGGCGCACAGUCCCCUUUGUCUCCGGUUACUGCACACCAAAACGGUGGAAAGCCCAGUGGUGCUCUGUGCCCCCUCCUCCCUCCUCUCCGCUCGGUGUGAAAUCACACUCGGGUAACGGUGUUUUGCUGGAUACUAGGAUAUGUCAAAAUAGGUAGACUUUACCAAAUCUCUGGGAUGGUGUGGUUGCCUUGUGCCGGGCGCGUAAAUAGGCUGCAGGAGCGCGCAGAUACUGGGGAUUCUCGCUGUCUGCUCCUGACCGGUGCUUUCUAGAUAAAGAGCAGAUAAGUGGAAAUAUUAGUGAUUUUUUUUUUAAACAGUGGGGAUCAUUCCAGAUGUUUGUGGUUUUUCCUGCACACAACAACAUUUUGAUUAUGAGUAUUAUUUCCAUGUAUAGGCCUCCAUUGCUCGCUUUUCUCUGCAUGUCCUUGUUGCUGAAAGUGUACACAUGUGGUGCUAAACUCUAAAUCCGGGGCCUAAAUCCCCCCUUCUCAUUUAGUUAAGGCUCUGCAUUGCAUGAAAUUCACUGAGCACGGUCUCUCUCCCUCUCUCUCCCUGCCUCCCCCCUCCUCUUCCUCUUCAUCCCACCAUCCCUCUCUCUCUCUCUCUCUUUCUCUUGCUAUAGGUCCAGUGUCUUUAUCCAAGAACAACAACAUCUCUGCCAUCCCCGUAAAUAAGGACGGUCUUUUCGGAGGGGUGGUAAACCCCAAUGAGGUUUUCUGCUCGGUUCCGGGUCGCCUGUCCCUCCUCAGUUCCACAUCCAAGUACAAGGUCACAGUGGCAGAGGUGCAGAGACGCCUCUCGCCGCCCGAGUGCCUCAACGCCUCUCUGCUGGGCGGGGUGCUGAGGAGGUGAGUCAAGAAAAAAAAAACACCUCUCUCUCCAUUUCUACCUGUUUAGAGCGCGUGUGUAUGAACUCCCUCACUCCCCUACAAUCCAUUCUCUCUCUCUCUUUCUCUCUCUCUCUCCUCUGUACCAAGAAUAAUUAAAAUCGACCAACCAUGACACCUAGCUCCUGCAUUUAAAGCAGGAGAGGUCUGUUAAAUUCCAUAUUAACUUCCCUCUCUCUCUCUCUUUCUCUCUCACUCAAAUUAAUGUAGGCCUAGUCUGUUUCAACCCCAGCUCUAUAGGCCCAGUGAAGGCAUUACACAUGAAAACAUUGGUCUCUUGUGAACUGUCUACUGAAGUGCUGCUGCAGACGCGCAGCCAGUAAUAGCGCUGCCUAUUAAGUAGGGCUUUAUUUAUUCAUUUUGUACAGUAUUUGUCUGCUGCUGAGAAAAAGGCUGGGCUCUUUUUUGGGAUUAUUUAUAGCUUGCAUGGGAGAUGUAGCAGAGGGUAAAAUCCAAUGAAGAGAGCUGGACAAGGAGUGUUUAAGAGAUUUAAAUAUGCAGAACAGCUGUUUUUUCCCAGCCAGAUGAUGUGUUGCCUAUAUAUGUAUUUAUUGGGUGUAGUUUUAAUUCUUUUACUAGUUUUAACUCUGCACUUGUUUUACUCAUGCACUGACUGUAAAGGCACCUCUUAAUUUCGUUGUAGAAGAAAGUGCAUGAGGAUUUACGCAUCCAAAACUCAUCUGACAGUGAUUUAGGGAGUUGUAGUUUUUAAAGUAGUUGCCUCAUGUUCUUUAAACGUGUGUAAUUUUUUGAUAACAAAGUGUAAAUUUCUACUCUGUUGUCCUUCUCAGGGCCAAAUCCAAGAAUGGAGGGAGGUCUUUACGGGAGAAGUUGGAUAAAAUCGGCUUGAAUUUACCUGCGGGAAGACGCAAAGCGGCCAACGUCACCUUGCUGACGUCACUAGUCGAAGGUAAGUGCCGUAAAUCACGUUCUCCCCUCUCGCGAUAUCAGGUGCUUGCAAAGUGGGAGUUUUUUCUCUCUCUCUCCCUGUCUCUCUCUCUCCCUCUCUUUCUUUCUCUGUGUUGGAAAUCAGCAUAUGCGCUCAUCCGUGUAAUGUGGACCGACUUUGCCUCGCAAGUAAUAAAGCAUGAAGGAUGUAUGUGUGUGUGUGUGUGAGAGUGUGUAUGUGUGUGUGAGAGAGAGGGAGAGAAAGAGAUAGAAUGGUGCUGGUGAUUCUCGUUGCGUUGCAGCGUUAUUGGCCCCCUCGCUUUCAGGAGAGCCGCACUUGCAGGUCCACCACCACGGCUGGCCUAGUUUACGCACUGGAUGAAUUUGUGUUGAAGUCCAGUUAAUUAUUGAGUGCUGCUUGUUUAUUGGGCGCCGCUGAGCUGUUUCACCUCAUGGAUGAGAAGUCGAUUGAUUUAUUAACCCUCAUGCAUUGUUUUAAACAUUAAUACACCCUGGCUUUGGCAGCGCAGGGCCUGCUUUUUAAUUCUUUCGUUAAUAGCUUCUCAUGCUUUGGCUCUCAGUGAAGAUUUUCGUUGCAUGCAAAUGGCAUGGAGCUGACCUAUUGGGAGCUAUAUGUUUUGGGUCUAUUAAAGAAUAAAUUAGUCAAUUAUGGCGCGCUUUUACGCGACUGGAUAAAUCCAUUUUGCUUGCAGUUGGACCUUAUUAUUCAGUGCAGUGGUAUUUGGUGAGCAGUGGCUUUCCAAAGGUGAAACCCUGCGAUGGUUCAUUGGUCCUUGUUAAUCAUUACUGCGGAAGAAGAGAGCCGAAUCCAAUGUGCGUGGUGGAGAUUUGGUGCUGUAUUGUAAUGAGCCUGGAGAAAUGUAAGAUUCUGGGUAAUAAGGAGGUGGUGGCACGUGGGUGGGGGGGUUUGGAUGGGUGAAGGCAGCCGGUUAUUUAGUGAAGGGACACUCAAGUGCUGUCAUUGUUUAUGAUCCGCUCCAUUUUAUGGAAACGAGUUUACUGGACUUGAGCUUUGAUGCUAAUUGGCGCAUGCGUUCUUCCGGAGUAGAAGCUUAUGGGCAGGAAGCCCUGCAGUAAAAACUCAACUGCUUCAGGAAAUUAAAACCAAAGACCUGGGGAGAGAAGAAAAAAAAUGUCCAGAAAGAGAAGAAGAAGAGGGGUGAGUUUAGACUCGGACGGAAUGAAACCUGAAAUUCUCAGAGCUGGAGAAUGGAAAAAGAAAGAGAUUUAGGUAUAGCCUUUUAAAAUUGCUUCCCCAUGCCUGUGUGAUCUGCUGGACUUUCAGUAAUGUGCAGGCAUUGGUAAUCAAUGACAUGGUGUUAAGCAUGACGCUCCGUCUAUAUUUCACAUCCACUUAUUGUUUCUGCUCCAUAUUUAAGAGUUCUCACGGUAGGAGGAGGAGAAAGAGGAGAGGUUGACGUGUAUUGACAGCUCUGCAGGCCUGCUUUCUUCUUCCUCUUAUUAUUAUUAUUCCGGGUCUUUUAUUUUUGUAAUUAUCAUCAGGAGUGUUGUUGAAGCACAGGUGUUAUGACCCUUCAGAUCAGAUUAAUCAGGGAGUGUGAUCUUUUCUCUCAAUCUGAUGUGACCACAUUAAUAAAAGAAAAUCACUCAACCUUUAAUUUUUCUUUUUUUGUCUUUUUUUUUUAUGGUUUUCAGGCGAAGCGGUCCAUCUUGCCAGGGAUUUCGGUUAUGUAUGCGAGACCGAGUUUCCAGCCAAGGCAGUAGCUGAAUAUGUAAACCGUCAGCACUCCGACCCGAACGAACAAGUCCAAAGAAAAAACAUGCUAUUGGCCACAAAGUAAGUGCUAUCAUCACGUUUUCACCGUGUCACUGCAGCGUUGUUGCAUGCCAGUCUGUGCGCACACACACUUACACAAUUACACACACUUAUACACACACUUACACACACACACACAUACUACUUAAUUCAAUAUUACUGAUUUAUUUAUUUUUGCUAUUUUUCCCAAAUAGUCAAAUAACAAUAGAAUAAAAAUAAGAAGAUUUAGAAAUAAGAUUGGGAAGGUUGUCAUUAUUGCUCUGUCUGCGUUUUUACGCACGAUAUUUCCACAUGCAAACUGCAUUCCUGCCUCCUUCUCUCAGCAUUAAAUCUAAUAUUAUCAGUCAUAAUUAAAAAAUGCUACAGUGCAGUUUAAAGCAGACUCUUGUUGUUGUUGUUUAGUGUGUUUGGCUAGGGCCUUCCUCUCAUCCACACGCACAGCUCCUGUUGUUGUGUUUGCCUUGUGAUUUCAGUGACAUUGACACAUAGCUGGGCUUCAUCCAGCGCUACCAUUGCUGUUGGUUAUUUUUACUCUGCGUUUACUGCAACAUGGGCAUGGCUUAUAAAAAAAAAGAAAAGAAAAGAAGAAGGCAUAGCAUUUAAUAUUGAUGAUGGACCGCUAUAAUCAAACAGCUGUCAGCUGUAACCGCUUAUUACAGCCUUUCUCCUCUGUUAUUAAAAUACCAAGAGCAUGAAAUGGAAAGUGAAGAUGGUAGAAAAUAUUUUACUUUAUGCUUUAAAGUGUUUUUUAUAUACAUUUAGUGAGUAGGAAAAUGGUUGCAUGGAAAUGGAGGUGGUUUUGGAAAGAAAUAAAAUCAGAAACUGUUUAUUUUUUGCAGUUUAAUGAAGAGUGCACGGUGUAAAAAGUUCAGAUUAUUUAAAAGAUUAAAUAAUCUAAUAUUGGGUCUGCUUUAGAAUUUUAUUUCUUAUUUUUAAUGUAUAUGUAGAAUAUAAAACCACGAAGAGUCCUCAGAUUUAUUUCCACUCGUUUGUACCUGCAGGGCAUUUCACCAAAUCGCGUAAAAUGUUGCUCAAAUUAUUCCAAAUUGGUGGACUUGUGGCAACUUUCUAGUGUCUGCACUGUAAACCUGCUUUACACACUGAGAGUGCCCAUGCACCAAGCAUCCAUGUUGUAGAAAAUGGCCGCAUUUGUUGGAUGUGGGGUCAAAGUUUGGUUUCUGUUCAGCUCCUUUACACUCGUUUUUUUCCUGUUUCUAGGCAAGUGUGCAAAGAGUUCACAGACCUCCUGUCCCAGGACCGCUCGCCGCUGGGGAACUCAAGGCCGCAGCCCAUCCUCGAACCAGGAAUCCAGAGCUGUUUGACCCACUUCAGUCUAAUCUCGCACGGUUUCGGGACCCCGGCACUGUGCGCGGCCGUCACGGCCUUGCAGAACUAUCUGACCGAGGCUAUCAAAGCCAUGGACAAAAUGUACCUCAACAACAACCCUAACAGUCACUCAGAUAACGGCACUAAAGGGGGAGACAAAGACGAGAAGCACAGAAAGUGAUAUUUCCAUCCCACCUUCACUGAGGGGCCAAACAAACCCAGGGGUCCUUCCUUCUUCUUCUUCAACACCGACCCACAUCCCUCCGCCUCGCCCCGGCCCCCACCCAUCCAAUAUAAAUAUUAUAAAUACCUUAUAAAUACUAUUGAUAAAGUUAAACGUGCCACUUCCUGAUCUUGCGCGGUUUUACAUGUUUUCUUUUUACAUCCCACUUUGGAUUGACUGGGGGAAAACGACGCAAGAAUCUUCUUCUUCUUCUUCCAACACCUGAACCGUAUGAAAUGUUAUUUAAAAAAAAAAACAGAGAAAAGAAAAAGAAAAAAAAGCUGCAGAGGAACAGCUCCAGGGCGAGGAAAAAGGUGUGUUUGCCUCAGCCAGAGGACUUUUUAUGUACUCCCCGUGUUUUUUUUAUGAGCUGCAACGAAAUGGACUGAAAUCCAGCAGAAGCCCUCUAUAUCUCAAUUUUACGAUUGUGACAAAAACGAAACUAAAAGAGGAUGAAUUCUUAUCAGUAUUGUGAAUAAUAAACUUGAAACACACAGAGAAAUUCCACAGAGCUCCAUGUCAUGACUUCAGUUGUAGACUCUCUCUCUCUCGCUCUCUCUCUCUCCAACUCGACCAACUUGAACUUUUUGAAUUUCAACACGAUUCACGGUUAUAUAAGGGAAUCAGUGUUCAUGUAUGUAUAUAUUUAUUUAUGUGUAAUUUAAUGGGAAUUGUAAAUAUGGUGCGUCUGUUGAAACUUCUUUUUUUAUUUAUCUGGUGCCUCCUGUUUUAGUGGGUUUGAAUAUUCGGUUAGUUCUUCAUGUGAUUUUAUGGUUCUUAGAAAAAAAAACAGAAGUUUGGGGUAUUUUUUAUUUCUCUGGGAUAUUUCAAUUCAGCCCUCUUGUAGCAUGUUGAGGCGACAUUGAAGCAAGUGAACAAAUUGAAUAGAAAUAAAACUUCCAUUUCUCUCUCUAUAUAUCAUCCUUAUUCAGUUUUUUUUAAUAAUUUGAGACAGAGCAUACAUGAGACCCUGAGGAGAUUUUUUUUUUUUUUUUUUGUGUUUCUAUUUUUUAUACAAGCUUUUAUGUGUUGUGCCAAUCAGAAUACGUUUCACCUCUUGUUCUCUCCUUGAAGCACCAUAAAAGCAAUAAAUGGAAUAUUGUCUUUUUUCAAAAAAACAUUUUUUGGGACCACCUGAUAUCUUGUUCUGUCCGAUAAUGUCCAAAAUUGGAGGCGGUUUUAGCUGUAUUGUAUAGACAUGUGCUGGCAAUAGUUCCCAUGCCUGUCAAUGUAUUAUAGUCCUUUGUUGCCCAGAAAAAAAAUAAAUAUUUGAUACGCUUCAUCUCGAUUAUUAUUCAUAUCUUUUAAUUUUUUAUUCACUGCUUGACACGCCGGGUGUGUUUUUUUUUCUCCUUUCUGUAUUUUUUCCCAUUUCUGAACGGCUACAGUAAUUGAGUUUAAGUCUCCCCUGACGAUCGCUCCUUUGCAAUAAGCAGCUGAACUCAUUGUUUCCCUCAAGUAUAAUAAAAAAAAAUCUUACUUUAAACUCCCUGGUUCAGAGCACGGGAUCUUAUGCAGGCCAAAUGGCUCACAACAAUGGAUGGAUGCGCGUUUGAAGUGCGCAGCGCCACCCCUCCAGCUAAAACCCUCUGAGAUGUAUACAGGCCUGGUGUGCAAUGUUUGGUUGUUAUAGGCUAUAUUUGGCUCCCCCCCCACCCUCACCCCCUCCUCCUCCUCCUCUUUUCACUUCAUUCUGUGCUGCAUUCAAAGACAUGCAUCAAAUAUUUGUUGUGUUGUUUGCCUCUCAGUGUAAUCAAUGAACAAUCAGCGCUCACCAUGCUGGCUUUUUUUAUGCACAUUAUUUUUUUUUAUCAUAAUACUCCUGCUUUGCCUGGUAUUUAGUCUGCUUUUCCUUUGUGUUUGCCUGACUGGGUCUAUAAAUGUGGCUAUCAAGUUGGCUGUAAUAGCGAAUCUGACGCUGGCCUUUGCUUUAUUUCGCGUGCAGAGCUGCAGAGAGCAGGCCCGUUGCAUAACAUUUGAGUUGAGUUUGAUUGUAUAUUGAUGGCUUGGCACCUAUAGCUGGAAAUCAAUCUCGUGUGGAGCAUGAAUCAGAGUGGUGAUAUAUGCAUCUUGGUAUUGUUUCUUGCGUUCCCUAUUUCACUGUCUGGUAACCAUGCAAGCUUAAAACAUUGUACUGCACCCCCCUUCCCUCUCUCUCUCUUCCUUCCUCUCCUCCUCCUCCUCCCUCUCUCUCCAAUCUCUGCAGCCAUAUUUAUUAUCUGCAUGCUUUCCGGGCCCUGGUUGCUUUAAUUCUGAGGCAGUUGUUGUUUUGCAGGGGGGUGAAUGAAGCCUAACUGUACAUGUCCUUGGCAUAAUUGCGAUGCACGGUGCUGGAGCAGGUGAAGCGAGGCAUUGUCUGUCAGGCCCCUGUUUUUGUUGGCUCAGGCUUCAGAUUGUGUGUGUGGGAUCCUGUCCUCAGGCACAAUAGCUCACUCAUAAAGGGGAGAGACUACCCGGCUGCUCCUGCUAUGCUUGGAUGUGAGAGGGGGGAAUAGCAUAAAUAGUCACUUUAAGGGGGAAAACAAUCGUAUUAAAACUGCAUUGAAAAGGAAGCCCCUCACGUGUGUCAUUAAUGCUAAUGUUAUUUAAUAAAUUUAUCGGGUUUUUGAGGGUAGAACGAACGCAUUAGAAAUAGUGCUAUAUCUUUGACAAUGGUGGAUAUUUGUGUGCGUAUUAUUAGUGUGAGAUGAGGAGGAUCGCGAGGGCCUGUAAUUGUGCCAUUCUGCGAAAUGCAAUUGGAAGUGUCAAAGAAACUCCAAAUCCCAUUGUGUGUGUGUCUCUGUGUGCGUGUCGUUUGUUUACACUGAUACUGCCCUAUAUAAUUUGCAUUCCUUUUUUAAUAGCGAAUUGUAAUUUUAACCCUCAUUGGAUCUCAAACAGGUCGAGCUGGUCUCUCACGUGCAGCGAAAGUCAUUUACGCACAAAAACAAAACCAUGCAGGAGGUCUGAAACUUGAAAAAAGCAAGUCAGCAAUACCCAGCUGAAUUCAACCAAUUCAAUCCAUAACUGCUGCUUGACUCAACUAAACCAAUUACAGCUGAUUCCCGGUUAGUAAUUAAUAAGUGUGAGGCCUGUUGUUGUCAAAUACGCACGAGAAUAUGCAGAGGAAAAUAGACAUGCAGGGGGGUUACGCACGUUUUGUGUGAUUAAGCGUCUUCUGAUUGGGAUGCCCAAACUUUGUGUGUGCGCAUGCUUGUUUUGAUUCAUUUAUUAUCUAUUUGUUAUAAGGGGUGCUCUGAGUUUUCUCUGUUUUUCUGUAUAGUUUGGUUCACAAAUGUUGUGGAUAGUGUGCACCAGAUUCAGAUAGAUCAUGUGUGCGUAAAGAUUCAUCCAAACCUUGAAUUAAUAGUUUGAUGGAUGUACUUGAAAUAUUUUCCUGCUUUUCAUCCACCAGGUGCACAUCAUCCCUGCACCCACGUGUCCCUUCCACUUUUUUCCAACCUAUAGCAGCCAUGUUUGUGGUCAGAAAGAAUCUAGUUGAAGCUGCUGAGCUCACUGCCUGGUUAAAAAAAAAAAGGAGUGUCUGCAUGGCCUAAUUACCCCGCAGCGCCAUCACUCCAACAGUCUGCACUGUAACGCUCGCAGGCACUGCUUUGGAGCGACUUUGCCUGCAUGGGAAGAUUUAGGGCAAAAGCCUACAAGGGCCGGAUUUGUUCAGUCACUGAACUGCCACAAAUGUUAGAUUGGUAUGAUUGGAAUUUGAUUUAAGCCCAGCUGUCCUGCUGACAUUAACACAGAGGGAUCUGAGUCUGCUGCGUGUGUGUGUGUUUUGAGAGAUCAGUUGUUGCGCACUACUUUGGAAAAAACUCGUAUUUGGAAAAAAAAAAAAAAAAACAAGAUUGUGUGCGAGCAAAACUGGAAACUUUUUUCUUAUUGAUGAACCAGAUGGUCUCUUUAUUGAUAGGAAUUCGAGAGCUACUUGCAUCGCGUGUUACCCACAGUGCAUUUCAAACUGUCGACUUCAUAAUAAGUGGCUUAGACAAGACGCAGGGUUCUCCUAAACGACAUUUGAUAUGGUUAUUGGUGCAAUCGAAUUAUGGCACUUGAAAGUUUGCAAUGAAGCGCAAAAUGGCUAAUUGUCCUCAACUCUGACAUCAGUCAUCAUUUUGGGGGUCAUUUUUGUACCCCCUCCCCACCACCCCCUACUCAUGGGGCCCCUUUUGCCCACUCUGAGAGCCAAUAAGGCGUAGACACAGAGGUCAACGACUUCACCAUAAUCAGCCCUGAUUACUUGAGACAUCAGGUAAUCGAUUAGAAAACAUUAAGUGACUUUGAAUAAACAGAAGGACGCACUGGAUCUCAGCGUGGAGCUCAAUAAUUCCUCUGAAAACUCAUUCAGGAAAAGUGAAGGGUGUGAUUUCAGAUUGGAGCUCUUAAUCUGCACACAUACGAACACAAACUUUUGCUUUAAAGUUGAUCUUUUUGCUCUAAAUGGCGUCUUUUCAGCUUCAUGAACAUUAAAAUGAGCUUUCUCACUUAUCAGGAAUCAUUGUUGCCACCUAUCAAACACUGAUUUCCUUCAAUUUCAUGGACUUGUGUAUCCUCAAAUGUAUGUAAAAAGGCGGAUUAAAAAUGUGUUAAUGUUUUCCCCACUUGGUUAAUUCACUUUAUAUUCUAGUUUUAGUCAUUCUCUCUCUCUUCUCCCUCUUUCUGUCUCUCCCUGCAUCCUCUGCAGUCAGCCAGGGGGGGAGUGUCGCCCCGGGCCAAACAUAUGCUUCUUUCCAUUGCACUAAUCCAAAUGCAGCGUGGAGGAAUAAUUGCUCGAGUGGCCGUGGCUUCGCAGGGGCUUUGUCCCUCACUGGCUCCCGUCAGCCAGGCACACGCCAUUUCAAUCAGCUCUCUCUCUCUCACUCUCCCACUCUCUCACUCUCUCUG